AUGAGCGGAGCACAGGCGCUGGUGCGUUCCUUGGCCAGGCACGGCGUCGAGGUAGUGUUCGGGCUUCCCGGCGUACAGAUUAUGGACGUAUUCGAUGCCCUUUACGACGAGCCCGGCAUCCGCAUGGUCCUGACCCGGCACGAGCAGGCGACCACCUACAUGGCCGAUGGCUACGCCCGGACCACCGGCAAGCCCGGCGUUGCGCUGGUGGUGCCUGGCCCUGGGGCCCUCAACGCAACGGCGGGACUCGGCACCGCCUAUGCCACAUCGUCCCCGGUUCUGCUGGUGUCGGGGCAGAUAGAGAGCUAUAACCUCGGCCAGAACCGGGGCGCGCUCCACGAGAUCGGCGAGCAGUUGGACGUCUUCAAACACCUGACCAAGUGGUGUGGGCGGUCAGACAAGGUGAAUGAAAUCCCGGGAAUGGUCCGGAACGCUUUCCAGGAGAUGUCCUCUGGCCGGCCCAGGCCGGUGGAGAUAGAGAUCCCCUGGGACGUUCUCUCAAUGACUGAUGAAACCGAACUCCCGGAACCCGAAGGUCCAGUCAAGCAGCAGCCCGAGCCCGCCCUGAUCAGAGAGGCAGCCCAGCUGCUUGCAGGGGCCAGCCGCCCCCUGAUCUGGGCUGGCGGCGGCACAAGGGACGCUGCCGUCUCCUCCGAGCUUAUGGAUCUAGCCGAAGCCCUGAACUCCCCGGUUAUAACCACGCCAGAGGGUAAGGGCGCAAUCCCUGAAAACAGUCCGCUGUCCUUGGGCAGUUUCUACUACGCCCACGGGCCCGGCCAUAUCGCCCUCCCGCAGGCCGACGUCAUCCUGGCCGUCGGCAGUCGGAUGAUGUUCACGCCCAACGUGCCCUGGGGAAUCCAGCCCCACCAGAGGGUUGUCCAGAUCGACGCCGACCCCGAGGAACUUGGCCGCAAUAUCCCCGCCACAGUGGGAAUCGCCGCCGAUGCCCGCCUGGGGUGGACCGAGACCGAGAUCACGGCCAUUCGCCAACAGGCCGAUCUGGAAAUCCGGGAGAUGGCCCCUCUCCAGGUGGAGAUCAUCGAGACGAUACGCCACGAACUGGACGACGACGCAAUCAUGGUCGCCGGGACCACUGACAUCGGUUACUGGAGUCAUCUGGCCUACCCGGUGCUGGCCCCGCGUUCCUACCUCACCUCCUCCUACUUCGCCACCCUGGGGAAGGGGAUAAAUGUGGUGACUCUGGUGUUCAACAACGAGAUGCUCGGGGCGUCGCACCACGACCAGCAACAGCGUUUCGGCGGCAGGGUCAUCGGUACCCGGCUCCACAACCCUGACUUCGCCCAACUGGCCGAGGCAUACGGUGCCGUGGGCGUCAGGUUGGACAGCCACGAGGGCUGGGGGACGCUCUCCGUGACGCCCUGA